AUGGUUCUCUACAAAGUGAUCUGUGUGGCAGCUCUGCUGACUCUACUGGCAGCAGAGUCUCGCUCACAACCAAAUGACUCCAUACUGGACCCAGCGCCAGAGGACAGGACCGCUGACAUCACCUCGGACAGAACAACAGAUGAAUUUCCUCUGUCUUCUCCUACCCUGAGACAGAAGAGAGGUGCCAGUAAUGACUAUAACCCGAUUCCUAACUCCAACUUGAGAUGGGUGUACAGGCGUUCUGGUAGUCGUCUCCCUGCUGGAACUGUGUAUUACGGCAACUGGUACACACAUCGUCGUGACUAUAUUUGCCAUUGUCGUUGUGCAGCAGGUUUCCACGCUGCAGGAAGUAAUACGUGCAAAUAUGCGUAUGGUUUCAAAGAACAUACAUGCACUAACUUUUAUCUCCUGGUGAACAAAGACAAUUUUGAGCUUUUUGAGUUUAAGUCCGGUUCCUAUGGUUCAGUGCCUAAGGAUGCAAUCAGGACCUGCCGUAAUGUUAACAUAUUUGUUGGGAAGAACAAGUAUGGUCUUGGGAAGGUGGAUGUCAGAAAUAAGUCCUUCUAUCUUCCCUGGGAAGGUUGGGAGUACAAGUACAGGUAUUACGAUGUCCUGGUCAUGAGCAGGAAAGUUAAGUCAGACCGCAUUUCUGAUGUCAAGUACAACUUUAAAGCAGCUAAAAAAAUUAGUCAUCCUCCAGAGGUCAUGACCAAGGCUUCCACUAGCAAUUACCAGUGUAGAACACUUUCCAAAACAGUUCAUCUCUCAAAGGAGUAUUCAGAAGAGAAAAGGUGGGACAGUACCACUUCCAUCUCAGUUGGUGUUACAACCAGCUUCACUGGCAAAAUCCCAUUUGUUGGCGAGACAGGCAUUGAGGUCAGUACUUCAGUAACAAAGGAUAUCUCCAAAGGCAGCAGCAUAAGCGUGUCGAAAAAUCUUGCUGUCGAUGUGUCGGUAACUGUCCCACCAAACCACUCCUGUGGUGUCAAAAUUAUGGGACAUAGGUACACAACAAAAGUCCCAUACACAGCACGCCUCUCCCGCACAUACAAAAACGGGAAAGUCAAAUCAACAACCACCACUGGGACAUUCAAUGGUGUCAAUGUUGUAGAUUUCAGGUCUGUUGUAGAUCGCUGUGUCCCUCUUCGCCAUGCUCAUCCUUGCAAGUAA